AUGGCAGGUCAAUUUUCUAAGAAGAGUUCUGGCUACGGUGGUUUCUACGGAAAGUCCGCUCGUGAUGAUCCCAGGGUUUCAAACCUUUACAAUGAAGAUGACAUAGAUGAAGGUUCUCUUGGCCUUGAAGAUGAAGAUUUCGGAACUGAAAGAACAUCUGGCUAUGCUACUCGCUCGUCUGGAAACGCAAACGACUAUGGAGUAGAGAACGUUUUGGGCGACGAAGGAUAUGAAGACGAAGAUACCCUCGAUACUGGUGAUUUCGCACAAGAAGAGUCUAUCCGGGGCAAAAAUCUUGGCAAUGUUCGUGGUGGUUAUAAAGCCACUUUGCAUAAUCCCAAUACAUCCGAAAGUACCAAAAAGCAUGCCCAUGAGGUACUAGAUGAAUUGGAUGACGAGACGCAAGAUUAUUAA